AGGGGGUCAUCAACAGGCAAACAAAUAACAAAAAAAUAACACCGCCUACAUAUCCGUUUUAACCCAACCGUUGCAGACACAAUGCCUUUCUACGAGCUGGUUUGCAUCGCUCGAGCUCAUCUUGUCGAGAGUAAUCUGAAAGAUCUCAUUAAAACCUCGGCAACCCAAGUACUCCAACGAGGGGGAGUUGUACGUGGUUUCGACAACUGGGGCGACCUUCGAUUACCGCAUCGUAUCAAGCGUCAUCAACAGUAUUUUACAGAGGGACAAUAUUGGGUUAUGCAUUUCGAUGCCAAUCCCCUGAUUGUGCAAGAUCUUGGUAAAAAAUUGCUUGUGGAUUCUCGCGUUCUCCGUCACACAUUUGUCAAACUUGGUGACAAGCUGGAAACCUCUGUGGCACGACCAGACAAGACAUAGAAGAAAAGGACGCUCAUGUAACUCUUUGUUAUACUUUGUAAAUAGACUAUUGGUUAGAACGAGUUUUCAUCUGUUGUGUGCUGGAUGUUGUCGUUGUUGUAGCUGUUGUUGUUGUUGCAUAUAACUUCAGGGCGGAGGAGCCUUGAUGAAAAGCAUUUGUGGUGAAAAAGAAAAAAUUCAGGCACGAAGGAAGCGAGAGGGCUAAAUCGGGUCAUAGUAAGUCAAGGGUGAAAUGUCAGACAUUGAAACAAGCAGUUAUUGGCAGGGUGCAUUGGAAUGCUUAAAAAAUCAUACGUUGGGUUCAAACCUUCUAGCCCGACCAUUGAGGCAAAAAGACCUGCAU